UGUAGCGCGAAGGGAACAAUGAUGUCGGAGCAGGAGGCUCUGAAGAGGAACCGCGGAGGAGUGCAGCGGGUGGAAGGGAAACUCCGCGCCAGUGUGGAGAGAGGAGAUUACUAUGAGGCCCAUCAGAUGUAUCGGACUUUAUUCUUUAGGUAUACAUCCCAGUCGAAGCAUGCAGAAGCCCGGGAGCUGAUGUACAACGGGGCGUUGCUUUUCUUUAGUUAUAACCAGCAAAACAGCGCCGCAGAUCUGUCCAUGCUCGUCCUGGAGGCUUUAGAGAAGUCCGAGGCCAAGGUCGAAGAGGACAUACUGGAGCAACUGGUCAAGCUGUUUAGCCUGAUGGACCCGAACUCUCCUGAAAGAGUUGCUUUUGUCUCGCGUGCUCUCAAGUGGUCGACGGGCGGCUCAGGGAAGCUGGGACACCCCAAAUUACACCAGCUGUUGGCUGUCACCCUGUGGAAGGAACAAAACUACAGUGAGUCUCGCUACCACUUCCUGCACUCGUCAGACGGCGAAGGCUGCGCUCAGAUGCUGGUGGAGUACUCGGCCGCUCGCGGCUUUCGCAGCGAAGUUGACAUGUUCGUGGCUCAGGCCGUCUUACAGUUCCUCUGUCUAAAGAACAAAACGAGCGCGUUGGUGGUGUUCACCACAUACACACAGAAGCACCCGUCCAUAGAGAGAGGCCCCCCGUUUGUGCAGCCGCUCCUCAACUUCCUGUGGUUCCUCCUCUUGGCAGUGGACGGUGGGAAGCUGACAGUCUUUACAGUAUUAUGUGAACAGUAUCAGCCAUCGCUCAAGAGGGACCCCAUGUACAAUGAGUACCUGGACAGAAUAGGACAGCUGUUCUUCGGGGUUCCACCCAAACAGUCCUCAUCAUAUGGUGGCCUACUAGGGAAUCUGUUGAACAGUCUAAUGGGGUCGGGAGACGAAGAGGAGGGUGAGGAAGUGCGUGAGGACAGCAGCCCCAUCGAGCUGGAUUGAACAUCACACACCUCCAAAAACUGAAUCAAACUCGACUCAUUUUAUUUUUUAUUUUUUUCCUUUGCCUACAUGUUCCUGGGAUAAGUAGCUGCAGUUUUUGUUUCUUUUUUUUUUGUGUCCUUGCUCUUCUGUGUAGCUUCCAGAAGAGGGGAUUGAUGCAACAUCUGGACUACUACUGCACCAUCCACACCUCCCCUUCUCCACGAGAAUAAAACGAAUGAAUAAAUAAACUGCCGUCAAAUGGAACAACACCUGAAGCGUACAUGACAUGAACACAUGACACUCCGGUUGCGUCCCAGCCACAACAGGACGCGAUUUAUUUAUUUAAUUACUUAGCGACGCGUCGACGCUGAUCCGGGUUUCAGGUACGAGUCGGACCCUGUUCUCGUUUGCCCUGACACCAGGUGACGCGAGUUUAGAAUCACAGUAAAGAACAGACGACAGGAAGCGACAGCAGUUUAACGAUCAAAACGAACUGGGCCGUGCGACCUGCAGCAGCGAGCGCGGGCGAUAGAACGUUGUGAAUUACGCACGAGCUUAGAGCAGUUCAGUUCAGCGAGCAGUGAGCCACGCCCACUCCCUUUCAACAGCGUCUACGCUUCGCUUUGCUCGCAAAGUGAUCAAGGUGCGCUUCAUGGUUCACACAUUCACCUGCAUACUUUAUGUACAUCCAGAGAAGAAAAUGGGACAUCCACUCGAGCCAGAACGCUCCACGUAACGUUCCACGCUGAACUGUAAACGUUUAACACUCACCGAUCAUCUAAAAUAGUAAAUAAGUACAUGAUCUGAGACAGUGCUAGUUUGUUUCUUCAGUUACGCACACAGUCACAUGAUGCUAUACUGCCCCCAGUGGCCAUGGUGGUACUGCAUCGCACAGACAUUCACACAGCAGCCAUCUUGUUCCGGUUUAGUUAAAAGCAACAAGCAUUUUGGUAUCAGUAACGGAAUGUAUUGUCUGGAAAAAAAAUUAUCAAUGCAUCUCUAAUUAAUAAUAGUUAUCUAAUUAAAAUGAGGAGUUCUAAUCAGCGUGUCGAGGCUCCUCGUCACAAGUAGUAAGUGCGUACGUGUCCAUCGUACCACAGAGGUGUUUGCUGUAGUUUUAUAUUUUGAACAAACUUCACCACUACUCCUGUUAUUCCUGCGUGUGUGUGUGUGUGUGAGAGAGAGAGAGAGAGAGAGAGAGAUGUUAAGACUUAUUUAAGUUUGUUGUCCGUAGUCUGAAGCGAAUGCUUUGACUUUUUGCAAGCACUCAAUAAAUAAAACAGACAGGAGUGAACCAUCAGGA